CAACGACAUGUCGAUCUUCUCCAGGCCGUCGCCGUGCCGGGCCCCCACCGCGGCCGACGAGCCCGGGAGUGGUGCCGCAGCCCCGAACACGUUCAUGGCCGCCCUCAAGUCCCGCCGCCACCAACUCCCUAAGGCCUGGACCGCCCCCCCGCCAGCCCCGCGCAUGCUCAACAGCUCCGCCCAGCCCAGGCCACAGACUCCCGGGCCGGGGAGCGUCGCGGCCGCUCCUCUGCCACGGCGCCCCCUGGCUGCCGGGAGGAGCAGGAAGGAGCAUUGGAAGCUGCUCGGCAACUUGAAGACCACAGUGGAAGGUUUGGUGUCCAUCAGCAACCCAAAUGUCUGGUCCAAGUAUGGGGGCUUGGAACGGCUCUGCAGAGACAUGCACAGCAUCCUCUACCAUGGGCUCAUCCACGACAAGGUGUGCUGCAGACAGAAGGAUUACUGGCAGUUUGUGAAGGACAUUCGCUGGCUGAGUCCCAGCUCUGCUCAUCACCUGGAGAAGUUCAUCAGCCUGCAGGAGAGUGACCAGCGUGACCCAGAGGGCCCAGGAGACCAGGCCAUCGCACAGCUGUGGCUGCAGCACAGCCUGCAGUGCCACUGCCUGUCGGCACAGCUGAGGCCGCUCCUGGGGAACCGGCAGUACAUCAGGAAGUUCUAUGCAGACACUGCCUUCCUGCUCAGUGACGCCCACGUCACGGCCAUGCUGCAGUGCCUGGAAGCUGUUGAGCAGAACAACCCCAGGCUUCUGGCUCAGAUCGACACCUCCAUGCUGGCUGGAACGUCACUGCCAUCCCUGUGCGCGUCAGACCCUUCUGCUGAGACAAGGGAGAUGUGUGACCACAACGCUGAAGGACACGAGAGCCAUCUGCCUGGAGCACUGGGCUGCCUGGAUCAUUUCACUGAGAGCGUGCUUACCAGGAGGAGUGACAAUCUGUCUCCAGUGACCAAGAGUCAGAGCCUGACAGCCCUCCCUGGGUCCCCGUACGUCCCCACUGCUGGCUGCACCCAGCAGCGCUGCUUUGGGUCCUCCUCCAGCCUCCACCAUCCAGCCUCCUCUGGCCUCUCUGACAGGAGACCAGCGAGCUCCUUUGUCAGCUCCAACUCCAGCCAGCCCCAGGAGCGCUGCCUGUCCACUCGGUCCUCCUCCUUCAGCGAGGGCAGGUCCACUCUGGAGCAGCCUGGCUCUGUCACCCAGACCCCCUCACCCAAAGACCCCUUCUCUCCAGCCAGUGAGAUGAGUUCCAGCACCACCAGCCAGAGCGAGGAUACUUGGACAGGAAGUCAGGAUGAUCCACAGAGUGAUGUUAAUGAUGGGCCAGAAUACCUGGCCAUCGGGAACUUGGGACGCCGGGGCCGGGCAUGCAGCAGCGCCAGCACCAGCAGCUCCAAGAGCAGUAGCUCCAAACUCUUCUCCUCCAGUAGCUCCCAGAAGCUGGACUCAGUAUCAUCCCUGGGGGAGCAGGGGGCAAGCGGAGGUGGAAGCAGGGGCCUGAGCCUGUUGCGACGGUCCAGCUUCUCGGAGGGACAGUCAUCAGCUCCACAGGGCAUCCUCAAGAAGAGCCACGUGCGCUCACACUCCGACACCAACGUGACUUCGGGGAAGUUGCACGGAGGCCUCAGGGAUAUCACCAUUAUAAUAGAAGAUCCAGUGGCAGAGUCCCAUGGCGAUCCAGCUGGAGGGAGAGGGCCGGUCUCUGCUUCCACCCAGAGCAGUGAACUGAGCACACCCAGCUCCCUCUACAUGGAGUAUGACUCUGGACAGUAUCUGAGCUCGGGGGAAGGGAUGUUUAGGAGACCCUCGGAAGGACAGUCCCUCAUCAGCUACCUCUCUGAGCAGGACUUUGGCAGCUGUGCAGACCUGGAGAAGGAGAAUGCCCACUUCAGCAUCUCAGAGUCCCUGAUCGCUGCCAUUGAGCUGAUGAAAUGCAACAUGAUGAGCCGGCAGCUGGAGGAGGAGGAGGAGGAAGACAGUGACAAGGAGAUCCAGGAGCUUAAACAAAAGAUUCGCAUUCGGCGCCAGCAGAUCCGCACGAGUCGGUUCCCUGCCUGCCAGGAAAUGGGCUCAGACAGUCUUGUGGCAACAGACAGCGGGUCCCAGUUCAGCUCCCACGGCUCCAUGCGGCUCUCUGACUCUGGCUCUGCAGAGGAUGUGGAGGAGUACGAGAUCCGAGAUGGUAACGAUGGAUCUAACCUGAUUCAAAUGUCCAAGAACGGCCUCUCAGUGUCAAUGGCUUCCUUGUUCUCAGAUGCAGACAUCAAGAGGAACCCACACUCCAGGAAGUCCUUUCUCUCCUCGGACUCCAUAUCCCACUCCUUCCUCAAUUCCAACUCAGCAGAGGCCGUGGCCAUGGGCUUGCUGAAGCAGUUUGAGGGCAUGCAGCUCCCAGCUGCCUCUGAGUUGGAGUGGCUAGUCCCUGAGCACGAUGCCCCACAGAAGCUCCUGCCCAUCCCUGACUCUCUGCCUAUCUCUCCUGACGAUGGAGAACAUGCUGACAUCUACAAACUGAGGAUUCGGGUGCGUGGAAACCUGGAGUGGGCCCCGCCGCGACCACAGAUCAUCUUCAACGUUCACCCAGCGCCAACGAGGAAGGUGGCUGUGGCCAAGCAGAAUUACCGGUGUGCAGGCUGUGGCAUCCGGACUGAUCCUGAUUACAUCAAGCGGCUGCGGUACUGCGAGUACCUGGGGAAGUAUUUCUGCCAGUGCUGCCACGAGAAUGCCCAGAUGGUCAUCCCCAGCCGCAUCCUGCGCAAGUGGGACUUCAGCAAGUACUAUGUGAGCAACUUCUCCAAAGACCUGCUGAGCAAGAUCUGGAGUGACCCACUCUUCAACGUGCAGGAUAUCAAUCCUGCCCUGUACCGGAAAGUGAAGGCUCUCAACCAAGUGUGGCUGCUGCGAAUCCAGCUUUUCCACAUGAAGAACAUGUUCAAGACGUGCCGACUAGCUAAAGACCUCCUGGACUCCUUUGACACAGUGCCUGGCCACUUGACAGAGGAUCUGCACCUCUACUCACUGAGCGACCUCAGUGCCACGAAGAAAGGGGACCUGGUGCCUCGCCUGACAGAGCUCCUGAGGGCAGGCAGCCUGCACGUUGAUAAGUGCAUGCUGUGCCAAGCCAAAGGCUUCAUCUGCGAGUUCUGCCAGAAUGAGGAUGACAUCAUCUUCCCCUUUGAGCUCAACAAGUGCAGGACUUGUGAAGAGUGCAAAGCCUGCUACCACAAAUCCUGCUUCAAAUCCACGCACUGUCCCCGCUGUGAGCGCCUUCAAGCCCGGAGAGAGCUGAUGGCCAAGCAGAGCAUGGAGUCCUACAUCUCGGACUACGAAGACGAGCUGGAGCAGCCGGAGGCAGUGGCAGCCACAUGAACAAGUUGCAGCCAAGGAGUGUAUUGUGGGUUUAUUUAUGUGUGUGGCCUUUGUCACCAGAGCCUGAGCCACGUGGAGAUAAGGACUAUUGGGAGGACUGGAGCACUGUCUUGAAGGGAUCUGUUUUCCCCCAUGCAGUAGUGCUAUGCUGGGAAAAGGGCACAUUCCAUCGUCCAGAUCUGCUCCAGGUACUGCUCAUACUCCCUGAUGCCUUUGCUUGGGGAAAGGCAGCUGCUCCUGCCUGUCCUGCAGGCAGAACAGAGACUUUUUCCAAGCAGUUGUUCAUGGUGGACAAGGCAGCGCUGUGGUGCCUGUCUCCGUGCCCUGCUCUGAGCCCAGCAGGGUCCCCUGAAGGGUCAGCACUUUCUGUUUAUCACUUUCUGUUCAUCUAUACACCAGGAAACUCUGGCCACAUCUGCUCCUUGGAGGAGGGAAUCAACUCUCCGAGUUCUCUGAUCCUGUGUUCUGCUUCUGGGGCUUGUGUGAAUGGAGGAAGGAUGGGGGGUUGGUUGUACGUUUAAUAGCUCCCUUUCUGAAAGCUGGUGUGGGACACUGGUGGAGAGUUGCUGUCCCUCAAGGAUCAGAGCAGAGGAGGUGGCAAUGAUGAAGACACCAGACUUCCCUGCCCCCUGCCUACAGCCUGUGCUGCAGUGGGACAUUGCCCCUGGAGCAGCCACCCACGGGGACUGGUGCUGACAGGCUUUUGGCAGGCAGAUCCCCAUGGCUCUAUUAGGAUCUGCCUCCAUGGGAUACAGGCUUCCAACCUACUUUGUCCUCAUGCUGCCAGUCUGUCCUCCCUGGGGGGACAUGUCCUCUUCUAAGGGUGACAUGGGACCUCACUCUGGUGGCACCAGGUCCUGCCUUGUGUGCAGCUGCCUUCUGCCCGAGACCUGUUGGGAUGCAGGUGAAGGCCCAGCCCUCCAGCCGCAUCCCCUGAGCCUCUGUCUCGGUUUGUUCUUUUAGGUUGGGUUUUUGUUUUUUAAUCUGUUGGAUUUGGUUUUAUUUUUUUAAUGUGGUUGUUUGUAUUUUUAACUGUGUGUUCCCCUGCGAGGAGGUGCUGCUUGAAACACCUCCUUAAGGGGCAUGCAAUCUGCUUGCAGCUCACCAGUAUAAAUUCUCCAGGGCUGUCCUGCUCCUGGUUUCUCACCCUUGCAUGGAGCUGGCAUUUGCCAGUUGUCCCCUCUCCCAGCAGACAUCCUGCUCCCCUUGAGAGAGGGGUCCCUGAGCCAAGCAAAGCCUCCAAGCUUCCCAGCUGCGGUGCAGUGGGGUGACCGGGCAGGCUGCUUGCAGUGGGGGUGCAUGGGGGGAGAGGGGUUUGGCACUGGGGUGCUGCAAAGGGUUGGUCCCUUGCUGAUGCAGAGCUGCCUGCCAUGACUGACAGCCCUACAGGGUCAGACCCAGAGGUACAAGGUGAGCUCUGUGCCCUGGGGUUUGCGGUCAGUCAGGGAGGUGCCUCUGUGGUGCAGUGACUGCUUUAGCCCGUGGCACGGGUGAGUGUCCAGGACCACCCUGGCAUGGGUGGGAUGUGGAGUGUUUGGAAGGACGGUGUGGCCUGUGUACGUGCGAGAAGGGUGUUGAGGGACUGGGGAGCAACGCACUGGCAGGAGGCAUCGAGGGGCAGUGGCUCUUUCAGUGUGUGCCCUGACUCGAGGCUGGGAUGUGACUCCUUGUGGGCUCUUCCUGUGGGGGUGGCAGGGUUGGGGAGAGGGGAAGAGGCUGGGACCAGGAGAGGUGGCUGCAGGGCUUGGUCAGGGAGGGUGGCUGCAAGCCUUGCUGCUGGGGGCCAGGCUGCUGCACAGCAGCAUCUCCCCUGCCUGCAGCAUCCUGACAAAGUCCCAGAAACAGGGUUCAGACCCCACUUGCUCCCCUGGGGUUUUUGCCGCCUUGUGUCUUGUGUCUGCUUGUUUUCCCCAGUGGAGCAGCUGCUCUUCUGCUCACUCUAUCUCUGCAAGCCCUAGGGCUACCAGAUGCUGGUCUGCCUUAGUCUUGCCUGUCCCCAACCCCAAGCCAAGCCUUCCUGCUGCUGCCCGGAGCUGCCACCCCCUUCCCUGGAGCUGCCUCAGCAGCACACCUCCAUUCACCCUAUUUUGUUUGAAGCACUUUAUUGUCAUGGGACUGCAGCUGAGUGGCUGCCUGCAUCCCUUUCUAGAAGCACUGAGUACAUUGAAAGAGGGAAGGAAUUCUGGCUUAGUUAUGGUUUCCACCCUCCGCCAUGGACUGUGUCUGGAAGCAGCAGGACUUGCAAACCUGGCAGAGGUCUCCAGGGCAAGACUGUGCCCAGCGUUGACUGCUACAACUAACACUGGGCCUGGCCAAGGCAGUGAGCUCUUUGUGAGGGAGAGGGGGGGCUGUUCCAGCCGUCAGCUGGAGCCUUCCCCAUGGGAUUAUUGUUGCACAGCAUAGCAAUUAAAAUGCCGUCCUUAAUAAACUAAGUUAAUAAGGGGUUCAGUUGUGUUGUG